AUGGGCCAUGUAGCUGCUGUCCGCUUGUUGCUACGGUUUCACCCUGCUUGCGCAGACAUUCGUGAUAACCAUUUCAGGACCUUCUUGCAUGCAACGGCUAUGAAAGGGCAGUCUUCAAUCGUGUCCUAUGUUAUAAAGGACAUGAUGCUGGAACAUCUUUUGAACACAAAAGACAACGAAGGAAAUACGCCGCUCCAUUUGACCGUGAUCACGCGGGAGCACCGAGCUAUCUACAAGCUGCUGUCAAGAGGAAAAGUGCAUGCCCACAUUAUGAACGAUGCUGGUUGUACCCCUUCUGAUCUCAUCGAGAAUUCGACGGGUUUCUACUCAAUGGCAAGACUGGUGGUGGAAUUGUAUGUGAUGGGAGCACGGUUUAGGCCACAGAGGAGGCCUUACAUAGAGAAGUGGAAUGGUCAAGACAUAAUGAAAUGGCGAGAGACUACAUCUAAAAAUCUUGCAGUUGUUUCCACCCUCGUGGCCACUGUCGCUUUCUCGGCCGCGUUCAAUGUGCCUGGAUCAUACGGAUCAAGUGGAAAGGCAAAUCUAAGUGGGCACCGUCGGUACGAUACCUUCAUGGUACUAGACACCAUUGCAAUGACAACUUCCGUGAUUGCAACGAUACUACUGAUCUACGAAAGAGCUUCGCGGUCUCAUCGCUCAUGGCUAGGCUUUAUGGUUGCAAUGCACUUCCUUUGGUUGUCACUUAAUAGCAUGAUGUUAGCCUUCUUCGCGGCCAUGGUCGGGGUGAUGAGAGAAAAAAACUCAAUGAAGGUAGUAUUAACUCAGGUAAUCUACAAUGGGUUGUGCAUCUUGAUGACACUGCUUGCAAACCUUGCAACACCUAGAUCGUUUCUAGGUGUCAUGCGGCUUCUGGUUGACAGUUGCUUUGAAAGGCGGCAGCGUGCCAAGAGACGCAUAAGUCGGCAGUUUCCCUUCAUUAUCUUUUAUGCACUAAAUGUGGUUGUGUUCAUAGUCAUAAAUACUUUGGCACUUUCUGCAAUUCAAGUCACGGGUGGUAUGUAG